CCGACUUCUCGCGAGAGGUAAACUCGCCUGGCCGGACGGGAGGAAAGUAUCUGCUCCGCUGAGGGGGGAAAAGGAGGAGCUGGAAACAGAUUGUGGGACCGAGCGCGGGCGGGCGGGAGGCGACGGAGCUACCAGCGGCUCCGCUCAGCUAUAUGAAAUAUGGGAGACGACAGACCGUUUGUGUGCAAUGCCCCGGGCUGUGGACAGAGAUUUACAAAUGAGGACCACCUGGCAGUUCAUAAACACAAGCAUGAGAUGACAUUGAAAUUUGGCCCAGCCCGAACUGACUCAGUCAUCAUCGCAGAUCAAACUCCUACUCCAACUAGAUUCCUGAAGAACUGUGAGGAGGUGGGACUCUUCAAUGAACUAGCUAGCUCCUUUGAACAUGAAUUCAAGAAAGCUGCAGAUGAGGAUGAGAAAAAGGGUGCUGCUGGGCCCCUUGACAUGUCUCUGCCUUCCACACCAGACGUCAAAAUCAAAGAAGAAGAGCCAGUAGAGGUAGACUCAUCCCCACCAGAAAGUCCUGCCUCUAGCUCCUGUUCCCCACCCCUGAAGGAGAAGGAAGUUGCCCCAAAGCCUGUUGUGAUCUCUACCCCUACGCCCACCAUCGUCCGUCCUGGUUCCUUGCCUCUCCACUUAGGCUAUGAUCCACUUCAUCCAACCCUUCCUUCCCCAACCUCAGUCAUCACACAGGCUCCACCAUCCAACAGGCAAAUGGGGUCUCCCACUGGCUCCCUUCCUCUUGUCAUGCAUCUUGCUAAUGGACAGACCAUGCCUGUGCUGCCGGGACCUCCAGUUCAGAUGCCUUCUGUUAUAUCGCUGGCCAGACCUGUGUCCAUGGUGCCCAACAUUCCUGGUAUCCCUGGCCCGCCAGUUAAUAGCAGUGGCUCCAUUUCUCCCUCUGGCCAUCCUGUACCAUCAGAAGCCAAAAUGAGACUAAAAGCCACCCUAACCCACCAAGUCUCCUCAAUCAAUGGUGGUUGUGGAAUGGUGGUAGGUACUGCCAGUACCAUGGUAACCUCCCGUCCAGAGCAGAGCCAGAUUCUCAUCCAGCAUCCUGAUGCCCCAUCCCCAGCCCAGCCACAGGUCUCUCCAGCCCAGCCUACUCCUAGUACUGGGGGGCGGCGGCGGCGCACAGUAGAUGAAGAUCCAGACGAACGGCGGCAACGUUUUCUGGAGCGCAACCGGGCUGCAGCCUCCCGCUGCCGCCAGAAGCGGAAGCUAUGGGUGUCUUCCCUAGAGAAAAAGGCAGAAGAACUCACUUCUCAGAACAUUCAGCUGAGUAAUGAAGUCACAUUACUACGCAAUGAAGUGGCUCAGUUGAAACAGCUACUAUUAGCUCAUAAAGACUGCCCAGUAACUGCACUACAGAAAAAGACUCAAGGCUAUUUAGAAAGCCCCAAGGAAAGCUCAGAGCCAACGGGUUCUCCAGCCCCUGUGAUUCAACACAGCUCAGCAACAGCCCCUAGCAAUGGCCUCAGUGUUCGCUCUGCAGCUGAAGCUGUGGCCACCUCAGUCCUCACUCAGAUGGCCAGCCAAAGGACAGAACUGAGCAUGCCGAUACAGUCGCAUGUGAUCAUGACCCCACAGUCCCAGUCUGCGGGCAGAUGAUGCCUCCUCUGAUGGAGAGGUCCCCAGCCAGAGCUCUCCCGCUCAAGAGCCAAGAGAGAUGUCAUCUUAUCCUCUCCCAUCUGCCUUGGAUAUGGCAAUACGUAGCGGGGGGACAUUGUAUGUUGUGAGUAUGGACAGAUGUGGGGCUUUUCUCUUUAGCAGCAUGGUCAUGUAAGUUUGACAUCUGUACUAGGGGUCUCCCAGCCCUGGAGCCACAUAGAUCAUCAUCCAAGAGUGGGGUUUCUGAUGUACCCACAGCCAAAGGCUUUUCCAAAUGGUCCGAGCAAUCAUCCUUGCUCCAUGCACAUGUACCUGUCUCUUUUAACACUAACCCUUGCACUUCUAGAUUUGGGGUUUCUUAGUUUCCUCUCUUCCCACUAAGCUAUGGCUCUUGUCUUCUUGUUCCUUCCCAGCAUGCCACUUCUUGCUUGAUAGAGGGGCUAGAUCUGAUGGCAUAUCACCUGCCAUCUUAUCCCCAGCCCCACCACAGACUCAGGACUUGGUCUCCCAGUAGCCGCUUAUGUAUGCCUUUCCCUUUCCAAAAUACUAGUGAAAGCAUUCACUUAUGAAGAAUGUAAGGUUACCUUUGACUUAUGAAGCAGCAGUAUUUUCCAGCUCUUCUGUAAGCUUUAUUCCUCUACCUACCAAGAAAAAAGACAAAAAGAAAGCCCCAAAAUUUCUAGUCCUUUUUCAUCUAUUUCCAGAGCUGUAUGGGUACCUCUUUUUGUCUCUUGACUUUUCCUAGGUCUUUCCCACCUCCCACUAAGCCUUGGCAACUUCAUCUUGUGGCCUUAUUGAUUGAUAUUGCGUGGCAGUGAAAAGGGAAAGAGCCUGGGAUCUAAUUGGUGUUUCCCUGUCACCCUUCAUCCUCCUGUAGUUCCAGUCAUCAGGGCAAACAGGAACAAUGCAAUUUAAAGCUUUUUCCAUCAGAUUACUGGAUUAACUGAUUCUUUUGUUUUACCAAUUCUUUUUUUUACUGGCCAAAGUAUGUACAUUGUCACCUUUGGUCAUGUUUUUGCUCCUGCUCUCCUUCUUGGUUCCCCUGUCCCUCUGCUAUAACUAGUUCAGAUUAUCCCUCCUAGAGGUGUCAUGUAUGGGGACUCUUGUAUUCCCUUGCUGUUGUUCUUCCUCCAUCUUUUAGCCUCACAGAUCUCUUUUCUGAGCUGUCUUGUAUUCACCAGAGCCCAUCACCCUAUGGACUACCUUCUCUCACUGGUUUCCUAGCCUAGCCACUAGGUCUCCCUGGUCCUGCAGAGUUAUUCUUUAACUCAUUUCUAUUCUAUGCUCCUUAAAUGCGAUGCCUCUCCAUAGUACAAGCUCCAGGACCCUGACACAUCAUGGCAAAUGUCCUCAGUGGCUUUUCUUGAAUAUAAUAUUAGGUGGAAGGAGGAAGGACAGAGGGAAGAAGCAGCAGAGGGGCCCAGGGUCUGGCCUGCCUGAGAAGUUGUUGACUGUGACUCUCAUCAAUUAUUACUUUGAAGAGUUGAGUUGCAGGGGAAGAAAUUCAUGCCUCUUGAUCCUCUUUCUUCACCAGUAGCCUCCUCAUCUCCCUUGGCUCUUGAACUAUGCAAUAUUUACCAGGGCCAUAGGAAGCAAUCCAAAGCCAGAAGCCUACUGAUAGAUAGGUCAGUUUUAAUAGCCUUUCAGUAUGAAACCCUUCUAGUUGUCCCAGAGCCACCUUCUGCCAUCUGCCAAAUCCAAGAAUGUCCUUUUCUUCACCUCUUCUGCCUUCAUCUUAAAUACGUAUACAGAAUAACUGCCAGCCUCCUUUUUUAUUUUGUCUUCCAAAACUGGCUGCCAGAGAAGAAUGAGAAAAUGUUUUAAGCUACAAGAUUCCCAUUUCCUCAGUGAUAGACUGGUGAACCCGUCAGGUGACAUGUUCUGCUGCAUUUAUUUUAAAUCUCCCCUCCUGCUUUUCAGUGUCAGUGCUGAACAAACCACACCUGGUGAAGAAGAAGGAGAAAAAAAUAUGAUUUUCUCAUCCAUUACCACCAGGGACCCAACAGGAACUGCCCCUGAGGUGAUCAGACUAGCAAAUGUCAUGGCAGAUGGUCAGGAUACAGGUUACCACCUGCAGGGACUUUGCUUGCCUUUAAAGAUUCACAGCCAUAACUUGUUCUCAGGACUUCUCUUUUAGAUGGCUGCUCCCUGGGAUUUUUUUCCUGCUUUUGAGUCUUGUUUCAUUUUUUAUUGCCUUGAUUUCCCAGUAGCAGCCUUGCCCUAAAGCAUGACUGAGUUUAUGGCUCCUAAGGAGCUUUCAUCAGACCCUUGACUAUUUUUCUUCCCCCUUCAGUCAAGUAUUUUUAAAGUUAAGAAUCAGUUUGUCAUUGCACACAUGCCCCACCAAUCUGUCCCUGUGUUGGAUGGCUGUUUAAUGCAGAGGGCCUUUUUUAGUUUCUUAGCCCCCAUGUCUAAUUCUCUUGAGUCUCUUAAUUCAUUUUUGUCAGUGAAGAGGCUAGCAUUGGGGACCUAAAUGAGGGGCAUUGUCAGAACUGUAGUAGUGAAAUGGCACUAAAAGGAGGAAGGGGAAAGACAGAACCCCAGACAGCAAUUCAGUUGGUCCUUGGUCUCACUAAGAAGGCAAAGCACCUGCUCAUCCUGAAGCUUUCUCUUACAGUCAAGGGGAGACACUUACCUUGUUAUUGCUGCCAGCCAUGUGGUCACUGUCCCCUGAUCUUUGCCUUCCAGACUUACCUGGACCAGAACCAGAUAUCAUGGAGGUGUCACUUAGCCCUUCUUAAGUACUGUGGCCCUUCUAGGACCUAGCAAGGACACUUUCAGAAAGGAACUGAGAAUGUGGAUGGCUUGGGACUCUUCCAAGUGAACACAAGACUCAGGCCUCCCACCUCACUCCGGGCUAGGAAGUGGUGAGAGCUGGUUUGGUCUGCCCUGCUCCCUUCAAAAUAGCUUGCUCACAGAAAGCCUCCCACAUGACAGGGGGGACCAGAAAGAGUAUAGCUCCUUUACUUAUUAUUUCCUGUUGGUCAGGCAUCCCAAAUCUGGCUUCCCUCUGCCUCCAUUCUUCUCCUUGGCCCUAGGCCAUAUACUAUAUGGGAUGGUUAAGAGUAGCUGGGCCAGCUGAACUUCACCUUGCUCCCUUCCUUUCCUAUCCCUGUUCUGUAGCUGUUGUUCCUUUCUUGACUCACCAAUCCAUCUUCUCAAGGACCUGCCUCCAGCACCACCAUCCUGGGAGAUGGAGUGCUUCACCAUAUCUGUGCACCAUCUACAGCCUGAAUCACCAAGCAGAUGCCAAGAAAUCUUUCCUGUUUCUGAGGCUCUCCUGCUUCACACUGAGAGGCUCGGGAAAGGUGCUAGCCCCAAGGUAGCUCUCCCCAACAAAAAAAAAUAAGUCCCCUUUUCAUAAUUUCCUUCCCAUCCCCAAAUUAUUUUUCCCAUUAAUAUUGUACAUUGUGUACACAGGAAAGAAAUUAUUUUGUUUUUGUUUUUUAUUUCAUAACCAGUCUGUUUAGAGUCCAGUCCUCCUAGCUGUGUCAUUUGCUAUGCCUUUGCUAAUGCGUUCUCUCCUUUCUUUAGACUUAUGUUUGGAGUGGAAGGUGUGGAGGAACAGAAUAGGUGAGGCUCCUAAGGCAGAUUAGAGCCUACAGCCUCCCUAAUCAUCUCAUGAAAUAGAACUGAUUUCUCUGUUUCUGUAUGCACACAUGAAUGUGCAUGCAAACAUAAAUCCCCAUGCACUCACUCUGGGGUGGUGACCCAACAGGAAUGAAUAUAGGUGGCAGCUGGUCAACAUUCCCAUCCUCUGCACCAGUUGAAUUACUUCUCUUUGGGGUAAAAUCCUACCCCAGAAUGAGAAAAGGAUGGAGAGAGUAGGGCAGAUUAAGGCAAUUUAUGUCUUUCUUAGAUGCAGGUUUGCAUUGUAGCUACAAGGGUUUAUUUUUUUAAUGGGGAGCUAGAAGCACAGAGAUAACUCAUCCCAGCUACUGAUGAGUGAUGCACUAGCUGUAAGUGGCCACAAAUAGUAGUCACAAUGACUUUACGUUAAGUUUGUGGUUCUCAGAGUAUGACCCAGGACCAGCAGAAGGAGUAUCACUGUCACCUGGAACUUGCUAGAAAUGCCCAUUCUCAGCCCAACUGAGAUCUACCAAAUCAGAAUCAGAAACUGGGAGUGGGUUUCAGUAAGCACUCCAAGCCCUUCUAAUGUGCACUGAUGUUUGAGAAUCAUCACCUUACGGGCAAUUUGGGAGCUUCUUACAGGACAUGGAGAAUUAUUUUAAAUAUCGUCCUCUGCCUUAGCACUAACAUAUUUUUCCAUUUCUUCCAGUCCCUCCCUCAACUCCCAUUAAAACAGUCACCACCACCACCACCACAACCACAUCACUCAUCUCAAACUAGGUUUUCUUCCUUUUAGUCUUUUCUAUAAAACCUGUCCCUAUAUUGGUCUAGACAAGAGUUGUCCCUGUUCCCUUGCAGACUGGUCACUCUGCAUUCUUGAUUACAUUAAGGACCAGAUGGAGCUUUAGCUGCCUGUUCCUCCCAUAUACAAGCACACCUUGCAGGCAGGGAGGAGUUGAGCCUCCAGCCCCAUCAGUGGAGGCUGCUGCAUCCUGAUAAUAGUAUCUAUGGAGAAGAAAGUUUGUAUCUAUGAUUAUAUCUCUGUUCAUCUAUAUAUUUUUGACAUGUAGCAACACCUCUCUAUCUCAUCAAGGAACUCAACUUGAUCUGGGUCUCCCCAGUCUCUAGUGGUGGACCCUGACAGGUGGGAGGAUGCAGUGCUACAGGCAAUUUUGUUACAAAACUAUCUUUCCCCCUUCCCCUCCAUCCAAUUCAGCAUGACCCUGUGAGCAGGCUCUCACACUCUUUGGGACGGGGCUGAGGUGGGGCAUUGCUCUCUUCUCUGUGACCGUCCCUUUGCCACUUAGCAGUUAUUCCCCAGCCAUGCCUUCUCCCUCCUCCCUCCCUCCCUUGCCCUGACAUAUAUUGUGCCUUAUUUAUGCUGCAAAUAUAACAUUAAACUAUCAAGAGAA